AUGAUUAAGUAGAGCCUGCUUGUACUUGCCUGUUUCCUGUCAGUUUCUUAAGCUUGGUGGAGAAAUGGUCACCUUAUGACUGCCAGAGUUGCUUAUGACUAACUCUCCAAGACUCAUCCUCAUGUACUCGAAAAAGCCAAUCAAAUGUUGAAGGGACUGUCAGAUUAUACAACUUUUGAGAGGGACUAUCCCUUUGUUGAAUGUGCAUCUUGGGCAGAUGAGAUAAAAAAUUAAGGGCUCGACUUGCAAAGCCACUGGCAUUUUGUUGAUGAUCCAUUCUUCGAUGAGGGCUAUCAAAAGCCUGAUUGGUAUCCAGAGGCAUAUAACGUCACCUGGGCUCUAAAAGAAUUUGUGAAGUACUUAUCCAAAGACCCUAAACCCUAGAAUGAUCCAUAGAUUCCAGUUUUAUUUGGAGAGGGAUUUAAUCUUAGACUAAUGAUUCAUUAUGUAGGAGACAUUCAUUAGCCUUUACAUUCGGUUUCCAGAUUUACCUAACAAUUCCCAGAUGGUGAUGAAGGAGGUAACUUUUUUAUGCUCAAGGAGUUUGAUGGCAUUACUGAACUUCAUGCUUUAUGGGAUUCUGUAGUUUCUGCCUUCUCUAAUGAUCAUGACCUCCCCUUGAAUAGUACCACCUGGCAAUUUUUCGGGGAUAACUCUUUGAGAAUUUAACAGGAAAAUCCAAGGGAGUCAUUUGAUAAUUUAGACAGACCUAUUGACUAGUGGCACUUGGAAGGCUAUUAAAUUGCUAGUGAUUUCGCUUAUAAAAAUAUACAACAAAAUGAAAUCCCAUCCCAAGAAUACCUCUAGCAAGGAAUUAAAAUUGCUGAGAGGCAGAUUGCAAAGGGAGGCUACAGACUUGCUAACCUUCUCGUCAAGAUGUGGGACAAAAAUCACACAAUGACCCAAUAAUUUGAAGAAAAGACCUUUUUAUAAUGA